CGCUGAGCCCGGCCCGCCGGCGCGCCCCGUCCGGGAUGGGGCGCCUGGACGCCUGAGUCGCCGUUCCGCGCGACCUUCGCGCGGGGGAAGCAGCCGGCGCCGCGCGGCCGCGUUAGAAUGGAGGGACCCGGCGGCAGCGAUCCCAGCGGCGACGGGGCUGGGGACGGUGCCCACCCGGACCCCCGGGUCCCCGGCGCCGCUGCGCCCAGCUCCGGCCCGUGCGCGGCCGCGCGGGAGUCGGAGCGCCAGCUGCGCCUCCGCCUCUGCGUCCUCAACGAGAUCUUGGGCACCGAGAGGGACUACGUGGGCACCUUGCGCUUCUUGCAAUCGGCCUUCCUGCAUCGCAUCCGGCAGAACGUGGCGGACUCAGUGGAGAAGGGCCUCACCGAGGAGAAUGUCAAGGUCCUGUUCUCAAACAUCGAAGACAUCUUAGAAGUUCAUAAGGAUUUCUUGGCUGCCUUGGAGUACUGUUUACAUCCCGAGCCUCAGUCUCAGCAUGAACUUGGGAACGUUUUCUUAAAAUUUAAGGACAAGUUCUGCGUGUAUGAGGAGUACUGCAGCAACCACGAGAAGGCCCUGCGGUUGCUUGUGGAGCUCAACAAGAUCCCCACUGUGCGAGCCUUCCUUUUGAGCUGCAUGCUCCUGGGAGGCCGGAAGACCACGGACAUCCCUCUGGAGGGCUACCUGCUGUCUCCGAUUCAGAGGAUCUGCAAAUACCCGCUCCUUCUCAAGGAGCUGGCCAAGAGGACCCCUGGCAAGCACCCGGAUCACCCCGCGGUCCAGAGCGCCCUGCAGGCCAUGAAGACCGUGUGCUCCAACAUCAACGAGACCAAGCGGCAGAUGGAAAAGCUGGAGGCGCUGGAGCAGCUGCAGUCCCACAUUGAGGGCUGGGAGGGCUCCAACCUCACAGACAUCUGCACCCAGCUCCUCCUCCAAGGGACUUUGUUAAAAAUCUCCGCGGGCAACAUCCAGGAGAGGGCCUUCUUCCUCUUUGAUAACCUCCUUGUCUACUGCAAGCGGAAAUCCAGGGUCACCGGGAGCAAGAAAUCCACCAAGAGGACCAAGUCCAUCAAUGGCUCCCUCUACAUCUUCAGGGGUCGAAUCAACACUGAGGUCAUGGAGGUGGAGAAUGUGGAAGACGGGACAGCGGACUACCACAGCAACGGCUACACUGUCACCAACGGCUGGAAGAUUCACAACACGGCCAAAAACAAGUGGUUCGUCUGCAUGGCCAAGACCGCGGAGGAGAAGCAGAAGUGGCUGGACGCCAUCAUCCGUGAGCGGGAGCAGCGCGAGAGCCUAAAGCUGGGCAUGGAGCGGGAUGCCUACGUCAUGAUUGCGGAGAAGGGAGAGAAGCUUUAUCACAUGAUGAUGAACAAGAAGGUGAACCUGAUCAAGGACCGUCGGAGAAAACUGAGCACCGUCCCCAAGUGCUUCCUCGGCAAUGAGUUUGUUGCCUGGCUUCUGGAAAUUGGUGAAAUCAGCAAGACUGAAGAAGGCGUGAACUUGGGCCAGGCCUUGUUGGAGAACGGUAUAAUCCACCAUGUGUCUGACAAGCACCAGUUUAAGAAUGAGCAGGUGAUGUACCGCUUCCGUUAUGACGACGGCACCUACAAGGCCCGGAGUGAGCUGGAGGACAUCAUGUCCAAGGGCGUGAGGCUUUACUGCCGCCUUCACAGCCUCUAUACCCCCGUAAUCAAAGACCGUGAUUACCACCUGAAGACGUACAAGUCCGUGCUGCCUGGGAGCAAGCUCGUGGACUGGCUGCUGGCUCAGGGUGACUGCCAGACGCGGGAGGAAGCGGUGGCGCUUGGCGUGGGCCUGUGUAACAAUGGCUUCAUGCACCACGUGCUGGAGAAGAGUGAGUUCAAGGAUGAGUCCCAGUACUUCCGCUUCCACGCAGACGAGGAGAUGGAGGGAACCAGCAGCAAGAACAAACAGCUUCGCAACGACUUCAGGCUGGUGGAGAACAUCCUGGCCAAGCGCCUGCUGAUCCUGCCCCAGGAGGAGGACUAUGGCUUUGACAUCGAGGAGAAGAACAAAGCCGUGGUGGUGAAGUCAGUCCAGCGGGGCUCGCUGGCUGAGAUGGCCGGCCUGCAGGUGGGGAGGAAGAUCUACUCCAUCAACGAGGAUCUGGUGUUCCUGAGGCCCUUUGCGGAGGUGGAGUCCAUCCUCAACCAGUCUUUCUGCUCCCGCCGCCCACUGCGCCUCCUGGUAGCCAUCAAGGCCAAAGAGAUCAUCAAAGUUCCCGACCACCCAGAGGCUUUGUGCUUCCAGAUCCGUGGAGCUGCCCCGCCGUGCGUCUAUGCUGUGGGCAGAGGCUCCGAGGCUGCAGCCGCAGGGCUCUGUGCUGGCCAGUGCAUCCUCAAGGUCAAUGGCAACAACGUGGUGAGCGAUGGUGCACAGGAGGUCCUAGAGCACUUCCAGGCAUUCCGGAACCACCAAGAAGAGGCCCUGGGUCUGUACCAGUGGGUCUACCACACCCAUGAGGAUGCCCAGGAGGCUCGAGCCAGCCAGGAGGCCCCCGGCGAGGACCCGCAGUCCGACUCAGCCUUCCCCCUGAUGUCCCUGGGGCCCCAGCUGAGCCUGCAUGAAGACAGCCCUGUGGUCACCUUGACCGUGGACAACGUACACUUGGAGCAUGGCGUGGUGUAUGAGUAUGUCAGCACCGCAGGCGUCAAGUGCCACGUACUGGAGAAGAUCGUGGAACCCCGUGGCUGCUUCGGCCUAGCUGCCAAGAUCCUCAAGGCCUUUGCUGCCGAUGACAGUGUCUUUGUGCAAAACUGUGGGCGGCUCAUGGCCCUGAACAACAACAUCAAAACCAUGUCCCACUACGAGUUCCGCAACAUCUGUGACACCAAAUUGGAGAGCAUCGGCCAGAGGAUUGCCUGCUACCAGGAGUUUGCAGCCCAGUUGAAGAGCAGGGUCAGCCCACCCUUCAAACAAGCAUCCCCGGAACCCCAUCCACUGUGUGGCCUGGACUUCUGCCCCACCAAUUGCCACGUCAACCUCAUGGAAGUGUCCUACCCCAAGACUACUCCCUCAGUUGGCAGGUCCUUCAGUAUUCGUUUUGGUCGUAAACCCUCCCUCAUCGGCCUUGACCCCGAGCAAGGCCACCUGAACCCCAUGUCCUACACCCAGCACUGUAUCACCACCAUGGCUGCCCCAUCCUGGAAGUGCCUGCCUGCUGCGGAUGGGGACCUCCAACAGCAGGGCCUCAACGACAGCGGCUUUGGGUCUGCCAGUGAAACGGCUAGCCAGGAGGACCGGGGCCUGAGCUUCCUACUCAGACAGGAGGACCGUGAGAUCCAGGGAGCCUACCGGCAGCUCUUCACCAAACUGGACGUGGCCUUGAAGGAGAUGAAGCAGUAUGUCACCCAGAUCAACAGGUUGCUAUCCACCAUCACGGAGCCCACCUCCGGUGGGUCCUGUGAUCCCCCCUUGGCCGAGGAGGCUUCAUCCCCCCCUCUGGUCAGUGACGAGAGCGAGAUGGACAGGGCCGACCAUGGGGGCAUCAAGAAGGUGUGUUUCAAGGUGUCUGAGGAGGAACAGGAGGACUCGGGCCAUGACACCAUGAGCUACCGUGACUCCUACAGCGAGUGUAACAGUAACCGGGACUCAGUCCUGUCCUACACCAGCGUGAGAAGUAACAGCUCCUACCUGGGCAGUGACGAGAUGGGGUCUGGGGAUGAGCUGCCCUGUGACAUGCGGAUCCCGUCAGAUAAGCAGGACAAGCUUCACGGUUGCCUGGAGCAUCUCUUUAACCAGGUGGACUCCAUCCAUGCACUUCUCAAGGGGCCAGUCAUGAGCAGGGCUUUUGAAGAGACCAAGCAUUUCCCCAUGGACCACAGCCUGCAAGAGUUCAAACAGAAAGAAGAGUGUACAGUCCGUGGCCGUAGCUUGAUCCAGAUCAGCAUCCAGGAGGACCCUUGGAACCUUCCCAACUCCAUAAAGACCCUCGUGGACAACAUUCAGAGAUACGUGGAAGAUGGGAAGAACCAGCUGCUUCUGGCCUUGCUGAAAUGCACAGACACCGAGCUGCAGCUGCGGCGGGACGCCGUCUUCUGCCAGGCCCUGGUGGCCGCCGUGUGCACCUUCUCCGAGCAGCUGCUGGCGGCCCUCAGCUUCCGCUACAACAACAACGGCGAGUACGAGGACAGCAGCCGGGAUGCCAGCCGCAAGUGGCUGGAGCAGGUGGCGGCCACCGGCAUCCUUCUGCACUGCCAGUCCCUGCUGUCGCCAGCUGCCGUGAAGGAGGAACGGACCAUGCUGGAGGACAUCUGGGUGACCCUGUCAGAGCUGGACAAUGUCACCUUUUCCUUUAAGCAGCUGGAUGAGAACUACGUGGCCAACACCAGCGUCGUCUACCAUGUUGAGGGCAGUCGGCAGGCGCUGAAGGUCGUCUUCUACCUCGACAGCUACCACUUCUCCAAGCUGCCCUCCCGCCUGGAGGGCGGAGCCAGCCUGAGGCUGCACACCGUGCUCUUCACCAGAGCGCUGGAGAAUGUGGAGGGCCCGCCUCCUCCAGGCAGCCAGGCUGCGGAAGAGUUGCAGCAGGAGAUCAACGCCCAGUCUCUGGAGAAGGUUCAGCAGUAUUACCGCAAACUCAGGGCAUUUUACCUGGAACGGUCCAACCUGCCCACGGACGCCAGCACCACGGCGGUGAAGAUAGACCAGCUGAUACGCCCCAUCAACGCCCUGGACGAGCUCUGCCGCCUCAUGAAGUCCUUUGUCCACCCCAAGCCUGGUGCCAGCGGGAGCUUGGGCGCCGGCCUCAUCCCCAUCUCCUCUGAGCUCUGCUACCGCCUGGGCGCUUGCCAGAUCGCCAUGUGUGGCACGGGCAUGCAGAGGAGCACCUUGAGUGUCUCCCUGGAGCAGGCAGCCAUCUUGGCUCGGAGCCACGGGUUGCUGCCCAAGUGCAUCAUGCAGGCCACGGACAUCAUGCGGAAGCAGGGCCCCAGGGUGGAGAUUCUGGCCAAAAACCUCCGAGUCAAGGAUCAGAUGCCCCAGGGUGCACCGCGGCUCUACCGCCUCUGCCAGCCGCCGGUGGACGGAGACCUCUGAACAGGCUGAUACAGCUGCCUGGUGCUCGGCUGCGCCCUCUGGAGCCGGGGCUUCAGAAGGCCCAGGGGGCCGCGCUGCCCUCCAGAGCUGGCCGAGGCUUCUUCCUGC